UUGUGUAAUUUUUUUUUUAGGUUAAAAAUAAAUUUUAUUUGUUUGAAAUUUGCAAUUCUGUAAAUCCUGAAAUCAGAAUGUGGUGCUUGCUGUAAGUCGAUUAGUGUAGUCUUGUUAGGCAAUUUGGUGUCCAGGAAUUUUUUUCAUGAAAAGCUUUUUAGAAUAUUUUCUGAUUUUAAAACACUGAACGUUAUACUGAAAUAAAGAUUUAAAAAAUGAAAACACUGUCAUCGGAAAAGGAAAAUCUCCUUAAAAGCCACAUUUGUGAUCUUUAUGAAAGAGUCAAUUAUUACAACAAUAAUCCUUCGGAUCCUCUGAAUGAAAAUGAUCAAAUUGAAGAUUCUAUCAAGAAUAUAAUCGAAAUUGAAAAAGAAAUUGCUUUCAAUCUGCCGAAACGAGCUGAUAAUUUGAAAGAAUUCAUUGAAUGGUGUUCCAAGAAUCAAGUUCCAGCUAAUAAGUUUGAAAUCAAACGUAUCAAAGAUGAUGAAUAUGGUUUGUUUGCCACUAGUAAUCACAAUGAGAAUGAUGUUCUAUUCGAAAUCAGUCGCAAAGUAUUCAUGACCAAUGAGACAGCGGCAGCCGAUAUCAAACUAAAUCAAUUUACUCAAGAUGUUAUCUUCAAGCAUAUGCCCAAUUUAAUUCUAACUUUUCAUUUGUUGUCGGAAUUGAACAAGCCAAACUCUUUUUGGGCGCCAUAUAUAAAAACUUUACCAACAGCGUAUUCAACUGUAUUAUAUAUGACACAAGAAGAUCUGGUUCAACUUAAAGGUAGCUCGUUGCUUGAUGAAGUUGUCAAAAUGAAGCGCAAUGUGGCCAGGCAAUAUGCCUAUUUUUGGAUGAAAAUCUCAAAUGAGCGAAACAAGUCAUUCGGAAAUUUUACUUAUGAAAUUUAUAGAUGGGCUUUAUCCACUGUGAUGACUAGACAGAAUUCGAUUCCAUCUAAAGCGGAUAAAAACCAAACUACUUUCGCAUUGAUACCAUUCUGGGAUCUAUGUAACCAUAAGGAAGGAAAGAUGGUUACUGAUUUCGAUGCCAUCAAAGACAAUUUGGUUUUCUAUGCCAUGAAAGACUAUAAAAAAGGAGAAGAAAUUUUCAAUUGUUAUGGAAGCCGGAGUAAUUCGGAUUUUUUUCUACACAACGGAUUCGUUUAUGAUACUCAUCCAUGUAAUACGGUUCGAGUAAAGAUUGGAAUCAGUAAACAGGAUCCACAAUUUUCAUUGAAGGAUACGUUAUGCCGUAAAAUUGAUAUCGAUACCAAUGGAUAUCAUGAAUUGGAACAUAAAAGUAAAGGAUUAAAUCCAAGAGUUUUGGCUACUAUUCGAAUUUUCUUCCUCGAUAAUGAGGGACUCGAAAAAUGGAUCAAAUCGAAAAAAUCCGAAAUAUUGUUUGAAGAAAAAUGUGCCGAUUUGCAAUAUUUGAAUGACAAAGUGAAGGAAUUUUUAGCAAUGCGAUGUAAAUUAUUGCUAAAACGGUAUCCACAAAUCGAUAAAUUUCGUAAUCCAAACAUUGAAAAGAUAAUCAAAAAGGAGAAACAGAUUUUAGAAAGUUAUUUAAUGUGAUUUAUAUCGAUAUUCAAAUGGACUGAAAUGGAAAAUCAUCAUCAAAUGCUAAAUAAAAUGAAAACUAUAACUUAAAUAUCCACUCUGAUCGUUAAUAAAAUUCAUGUAAUUUGAUUGCUUUUCAAUUGUAUAAUAUACAUCAGAUUGAAAAUGA